GAACGUCCAACCUGCGCCGCCGCGCCUCGUUGCUCUCGGUUCUUCUUCGCGGCAGCCGAGGAGCGGCUCCAUCUCCUGCGCGCAAAGAUGGCUUCAGUAACAGAUGCCAGAUAUAGACCCAAGGAUGUUUCAGACCAGAACUUUGAUUAUAUGUUCAAGCUCCUGAUCAUUGGCAACAGUAGUGUGGGCAAGACCUCCUUUCUCUUCAGAUAUGCUGAUGACACUUUCACACCUGCCUUUGUCAGUACAGUGGGAAUUGACUUCAAAGUGAAGACUGUUUACAGGAAUGACAAGAGGGUAAAACUGCAGAUUUGGGAUACAGCUGGACAAGAAAGGUACAGGACCAUCACGACCGCUUAUUACAGAGGAGCAAUGGGAUUCAUCCUGAUGUAUGAUGUUACUUGUGAGGAGUCCUUCAAUGCUAUACAAGACUGGGCCACUCAAAUAAAGACAUAUUCCUGGGAUAAUGCGCAAGUUAUUCUGGUGGGGAAUAAGUGUGAUAUGGAGGAUGAAAGAAUUAUUCCUAUUGAAAAAGGAAAACAUUUGGCUGAACAGUUGGGGUUUGAUUACUUUGAAGCCAGUGCGAAGGAGAAUAUCAACGUGAAACAGGUCUUUGAGCGUCUUGUGGACAUCAUUUGUGAGAAGAUGUCAGAGAGCAUGGAAUCAGAAGCUUCAAAGGCUACUGCUGGGAAGAAUGUGCGGCUCACAUAUCAGCCACCACCACUGCAGCAGAAGUGCUCCUGUUAGUGCCUCAAAAUUCAGUAGGAAUUUUUUCUCUGAUGAAGGAAUGUUUUCUCAUCAUUUACUGUCUUUAGAAAGGGAUGUGUCUGUUCUGGUGGAACUACUGUAAGUACAUUUGUUCAGUGUCCACAAAAAUCCUGUAACAUAUUCUGCACUAUGAAUAAAAUAAAAAGUGGCUGUAAGUGCUAGCAUUUCAUUGAGAAUUUAUCUUAAGAUUUAAUAUUUUAUAGUGUUAACCCAUUCUGAAUUAUGCUUGGUGUUUCUAAUAAUUUUAUUAAAAAUUGAGCCAGAUAACAUGAAUUCAAAACACUUCUGGAUCUGUUCAUUAGAAGUCACUGCUAAGAUUGAAGUAUGGUUUAAAAUAAAUAGCAUUUAGCUGUAAUGAAGAUAUACUUUGGCUGCAUGUUGAUAAAAGACAGACACAAGUAACAGAAUUAUUAGCAAGUGCAGUAAUGAUUUUAAGAUGCUGAAUUGCUCCAUUUCUUUCAUUUUAUUUUUUGGCAGUCUUUCCAACCCUAUUCCACCACUCAGUCUCCAAAUACUUCUGCUUAUUUGAUAAUCAGUAUCUCUGAACUCAGUGGUAAUUAUUAAGAAAUGUAAGGAAUCUUGAUAUAAAUAAGGUUACAAUGUUCUCUUCACCAUUAUUAGAAGAAAUUCAACUGUGUUUAAUGAGGCUUAUUCUGUUAACCUAAAUAAAAUUAUACAUAACAUUUACAUAAACAUAUACAAUGUUCAUUUCAUUUCAGCCAUUGUAUGGAGUGUAAGUAAAACAAAAAUCAGUAAUUGUGAUUUUUUUCUCAAUUUGGAAUUAUUACAAAAAGUUUUAUUUUCUUGUAUAUUUAUGAUAUAUUACAAGAUACUAAAAGUGCUUGUAGUGUAUUUGUUGUUCUUGAUAAGUUUUUGGCAAAAUAAAAUGUUAUUUGGUAACUACAGGUUAUUUUAUUCAUUUAAGUUGCUGAUGAGUACAAAUAAUUAUCCAAAUAUAGUAAGUAGGAAAUUCUUUCAAAUGUAUGGCUAUGCUCCAGAGUAAAAUUCUUUUCUAAAACUGCUAGGUAGAAUAAACAAGGAAAUUCAGGCAAUGUUAAGUAUAUUAUAAUUUAUAUACCAUGUUAGGGCUGUAAAUCAUGUUGAAUUCUACAGAUGGCUGCCAUGCUAACACCAAAGGAGAACUUAUUUUUCAAGUAUCACCUAUGAAAGAGAAACUUGCUAGAUCAAUCUCAAUCCCUGAUGUAAAGAAUUUGAUUUGUUAUAAAUACUGAUGAUGCUGAAAAUUGGGAAAAGUGACAAGGUUUGAGUUUCUGAUAUGAAAACUCCUGUUGGUGUAGAUUAGAACAAGGCAGGGAAAGCAUGCAUAGCAUAAUUUCUAGCAUUUGUUGCAACUUCUUCACCAGUAGCGACAAUGUUCCUGUGUAACAAACAUCACGUUGCUUAUGUCUCUUUGCACUGUUUUGCAGUUUUUUUGAGGUUCUUUCUACUCAU